UUCGAAAUUCCGUAAAUCGUCAGUCAGUCAGUCUCUCCUGAACCGUUAGAGGGUAUAGUCGGUUUUACAUUGAGGCGCAUUUACACGUGACUAACGUGUUUGCUCUUACCGGUUUCACUACUAUAAUACUCGACGUGCUCUCGCUAUACAACGAACGGGAGUUGAUUCAACAAUUUUUGUCCGAUUUUAUUUUAAUUUUAAUUUUUUUUUUGAGAUUACGUGCGAGUUGUUUUAAUUUUUUUUUUGGAAUAUUAUGUAUACUGUUGUCAACGAUAUCAAGCGUUGUUUCGCUGUUUUUUCUGCGUUACUUUUAACCGUGAUAACUACCAAAGUGAGGGCGGGCCAUACCCAAUGUGCGGCGGACGAACUAAUGCGCUGCGCUAAGCCUCUUUCGGUGCUCGAUUCCGGUUUGACCCUGGUCUCCACGAAAGCUGAUUUAGAGAAGAUUUGCCCGGAUUUAAGGGACGCCCUGAACUGUAUCCACAGAUACACCAGGUUCUGUAUGACGUUACAGGACAGAAAACACUUCAAGAAACUCUUCCACGGAACCGGGGAAAUGGUCACCAAUUUAUGCAGAAAUGGCACCUAUCAAGACGAGUUUUUAAAACACGCGCCUUGUAUGCAAAGGAUCGAACAAAAGAACGAGGUUUGCUUCAAACAAUACACCAAACGCAUGAACGAAAUUGAAUCGAAGACCCCGAUGGACUCGAUUACUGAGGACGAUUUGGUGGCGUUCAAAACGUCGUAUAAGAAAAAGAGAGACGCGGCCGAUGAAGGGAUAAAAAACGUUUGUUGCUCGUUCCAAGAAUACGUUCAAUGUUCCACGAGUACGACAAGGAAAGAGUGUGGUCCGGAAGCUGCAGAUUUCAGCCAGAAGUUUCUCGAUAAAAUGUCUUCGUCCAUGAUACAACUUCAUUGUCAAAACUAUGGUCCAAGGGAGUGCGGUCUCAUAUCAUCAUCGAGCAAACUGAGUACAUCAUGGAUAUCGGCCCUAACCGUGACGUUACUCUCUUUAUUUUUAGUUUAAUUAUAUUAUAUAGGAAUUGUAAAUAUACUAUUGUGAAUCCGAAAAUCAAUAAGUUGUCUAAUAUUCUAGUUCCAUCAAAUCGUAAUAGCAAAAGGUGUGGUGACAAAAGACAUUUCUGUGUUCAUUAUAAUAAUUAUAUAAUUUUGGUGUCGCAUAAAAGAAUUAUUUAUUUACUUACUUAGAUACUGUUUUAAUAUGUAACCGUUAUAUAGUUUAAGCUUUCUUUCAAAGACUGAUAAUAUUAGAGAAAAUCAAUAAGACUUCUUUUAGGCGACACAUAAACAACAACAAUUUAAAUUUUUCAUUUGCAAUAUUUAAUUAUUUAUUAUGUUAUAUACUUUUCAUGCCAAAAAUUCUUAAAUAAUAGUUACUGUUAUUAUAGUGGUAUUUAUUAAGGAAUCUCACAGAUCCUAUAUAAAGAUUAUCCUAACAUAAAGAGUAGUAAAUGUGUGUUUAAACCAAUAAAGUAUGUUAUGUUAAGAAGGUCUACGCGGAAAGAGGUUAGAGUGUACUUUUUUCUUACCUAUGUAAAAUUGUUAUACCUAAAUACUUCUCUGGUUAUAUAGAGUUUUUUUUUUAAAGAGAAACUAUGUAGUUAAAAUAGUAGCUUUUGAUGCUUUUUUAAAAAAUCGAAUUCCUCAAAUUAUACAAAACCUGUUUUAAACUGAAUUGUGAACAUUUAAUAAAACUAGUGAAAUGAUUAAAUAAAAAUUUAAUUAUUGUUUGUUUUA